AUGGAGGCUGUCGUUCCUCACGAAAUCACGACAGAGCUCACACAAAUACUUGCCAAUCUUGUACUUGGUGAUAACAAGAUACGUUCCAAUGCAGAACAGGCGGUCAAUGAUAGACUGGCUCAGACCCCAGACCUAUACCUACUCGCAUUGGCUCAGUUCUCUAUUGCAGCUGAUACUGAAAUGCGAUCCUUCUCUCUGGUCUUACUUCGCAGACUUCUCUUUCGCACCGCACCGGGUCAGCAGCCCAGAGAAGGACGUCUAACGCUUUAUGAUCAACUCCCAGCGCAUGCGUUGACAACUCUCGAGCGUCUACUACUCCACUCUCUGUCCCACGAGCCUUUAGAUGCUGUUCGCAGGAAGACAGUCGAUACAGUCUGCGAUCUAGCAAACAAUUCUAUGUCUCGAGGGCGCCCUUGGCACGCACUACAGGCACAAACAUUUACUAUGACGCAGACAGGUGAAGCUGGCUUCCGAGAAUGCGCUUAUAGGUUGUUUUCUGGUUGUCCCAAUCUCGUAAUGGAUCUCCAGACAGAUGCUGUCCUGACAGUUUUCCGGAAAGGUCUCCAAGACUCUCAAAGUGUUGAGGUUCGGCUUGCUGCUCUCCGAGCCUCUGUGUCCUACCUUACUGCAUGUGAUCAACUUCAAUUAUCACACUCGCUCUCACUACUCUAUCCAAUGCUAGACACAUUACCUUCCCUUCCCAACAUUCACCUUAAAUCCUUCCUCAGCUCGCUAACGCCAUUAUGCUCAUCUCAUCCUAAUCUCUUUGUGCCUCAUAUGGAUGCCCUACUGUCUUUCUUGCGUGGUUUGAUAAUGCCAAGCGUUGACUCAGGCCCGACACCCACGGUUGCUAAGCCAUUCCCCGGCACAUCAAGUUUCACGUUCCCUCCCGGCGGAUCUGGCAGUCGGACUCCAGACGACAAUGACGAAGUCACAGAGGACGAGGAAAAAGAGUUAGUCAGAAAAGCUGCACUAGAAUUUAUGGUAAGUCUUACCGAGGCUAAGCCUGCAUUGGCGAAGCGUUCGGAAGGAUGGACGGCGGCUAUGGUAAGAGCAUCUCUAGAGGGCAUGGGGGAAUUACCAGAAGACACGUUGGAUUCCUGGCUCGAAGCUGAUCCCUCAGAGGACGCACAAGAUGAGAAUUAUCCUCAUGUAUACGAGCAAUCCCUCGAUAGGGUGGCCUGUGCUCUUGGAGGCAAAGCAGUACUUCCUCCGGCGUUCCAAUAUAUUCCGUCAAUGCUCGCCAAUUACGACUGGAGAUUGAGGCACGCUGGCCUGAUGGCUAUCGCAGCCAUAGCCGAAGGCACGAGCAAGGUGAUGCAAAUGGAACUUGGGAAGGUUGUUGACCUCGUUACUCCAAUGUUCAAGGACGCACACCCACGUGUGCGGUAUGCUGCAUGUCAAUGCGUUGGUCAAUUAUGUACUGAUUUGGAGGAAAUCAUUCAGGAUCGCUACCACGAGCAAUUAUUCGCUGCGUUGAUACCAACACUAGAGGCGCCAGAACCUCGUGUGCACUCGCAUGCCGCAGCUGCCCUGAUAAACUUUUGUGAAGGUGUCGAACGUGACACUCUUGUUCCUUAUUUGGACCCGAUCGUUGAGCGUCUGCUCAAGAUGCUCAAUCCAGGAGCUGAGGAUGGCAAAGUAGUCAAAGGUUAUGUUCAAGAACAAGCUAUUACAACUCUCGCUAUGGUCGCUGACGCCAGUGAGGCAACAUUUGCUAAGCACUAUGCCUCCAUAAUGCCUCUUCUUUUAAAUGUUCUCCGCAACGCCAACAGUUCUGACCAUUACAAGCUACGCGCGAAAGCCAUGGAAUGUGCUGGUUUAAUAGCAAUUGCCGUUGGACGUAACGUUUUCCGCGCUGACGCAAAUACACUCAUCGAGCUUUUAAUCAAAAUCCAAAAUUCUCCUGUCGAUCCCUCGGACACCAUGCUGCCCACUUUUUUAAUUGCUACUUGGGCUAAAAUUUGCCAAGCUCUCGGCACCGAGUUCGAGCCGUUCCUUCCUGUAGUCAUGCCUCCACUACUGAACGCAGCUAGCGCAAAAGCUGAUGUCUCCAUCUAUGAUGAUGAAGACGAUGUCGGCGAGACACGAGAAGGCUGGGAGACCAUCUCGAUGGACGGUCAGAUCGUUGGAAUCCGCACUUCGACUAUCGAUGAGAAAUGCCAAGCGUUCGACACUCUCGUUGUCUAUUGCGCGACACUUGGCGGCCGGUUUGCACCUUAUCUCGCCCAGAGCUUGGAGCUCUCCCUCCCCGCCCUAAAAUUCUACUUCCACGACGGCGUUCGCGAAGCUGCAAGCAGGUUGAUCCCUUUGCUUUUCUCUUGCGGAAAGCAGAGUGGAACACUAACAUCGCAGAUGGUAGCUGCUUCCUUCCUCCAGCUCAUAAACACAAUUCGAGCCGAAACAGACCCUUCGUUUCUUUCCUCGUUGUAUAGAGCCCUCGCCGAUGGGCUUCGCGUGGUCGGCAUUCCAGCGCUCACGCCGAAUCUACAGGCUACCCUCAUAGAAGCCACGAAGCAUCAGCUUCAGACGCUCGCAGACAAACGGAAACGACGCGCAGAGUCCCCGGAGGAUGAUCGCGAGGAGCUCGCGUUGUUAGAAGAGGUAGAAGAGUUUGCUCUAGAGGACAUGGAGAAGCUGCUCAAAAUAUUGGAUGGUCAACAUCCGCUUCUUGUGGCAGUUUCGAGUGUGAGGGAUUUAGGAUUUAACCAGUGGGACAGCGAAGAGGAGCGUGAUAGUGAUGGUUAG